GAAACUACCGGUCUUCAUGCCAUAAUCGUCAAUCAAUUUUUAGUGAUGCGUGCACGCUUCAUAUGAGGUACUUACUUAAAUUUGAGGUGGAUUGGUUUAUCUGGAAAACUGCUCAUUAUUGUUUACUAUCCACAAAGUGUCUAUGCUUGUGUUUAGUGUUAUCUUUAUGAAGUAUCACAUUGCUUACAUUGAAUCAUCCUUCCAUCUUUUAGUUGUAUGUUUGUAAUGCUUCAAGUUCUUCGCAUUGUGUGGGUGUUUUUUAAUCUUUGAAUGAUAUCAGGCUGGUUCGGGUGAAUGCAGCUGCGGUGGGAAAAUGGUGAAAGGAUUAUGUGUUAAACCCAUUAAAGGAGAUGCAGUGCUUUUCUGGAGCAUGGGGCUCGAUGGACAAUCUGACCCAAACAGCUUACAUGGAGGGUGUGAAGUACUGUCAGGGGAGAAGUGGUCAGCUACAAAAUGGAUGAGGCAGAAAACUACUUUCUGAUCUUAAGAUCUUUGAAGUAUACGUACACAUUGUAUGAUUUUUCUUGACAGAAGAGCUUAUUUCAAAGCUGGCUCAUGUAAACUUGCUAAUAGAUGAAGUAAUAGAUUUAGCGUAACAAUUUUUAACUAAUAUAGUUUGAAUACUUACUGAAAAAUGAUAUAGUUGGAAUUACAUUUAGAUCUUGGGGGAGGGUUGCUUUAUCAAGCUCCGAUACUGAACCCUAUUGUAAUAGGCCGAGCUCGAGUUGAGCUCAAUUGUCGAGUUUGAAAUUUUGAAAUUAU